AUGCAUUCUGAAUUAUCUUACUCGAAAGAAUACGAUCUGAUCGUAGACCAGGGCCAUGGCCUCGGUCAACUCUUCGAAGCCAAAGCAAAGGAAUUUCCAAAUGCCGUGGCGGUGCUCGACGAUAAAAUUACAAUCACCUACGAAGAGCUGCACCUUCAUGCGCUACAAAUCUCCCACCAACUGUUCAAAAACAACCUAGGACUCGAGGAACCUGUUGGUAUAAUUGUGCAGCAUGGCUGGGCAGAUAUUGUGGCCCAAAUGGCCAUCAUUUACGCUGGAGGAAGCUGUGCACCGAUGGACCCAACAUUACCAGACGCACAGAUCCAGGGUCGUCUAGAGAAUCUUGGCACCCGAUACACAUUGGUUGACCGGGCGAACAUGAGCCGAGAAAUUCAUUUCGAACAAAUCAACUUGGAGGAUGGUUCAAUUUUGACACCCGAAGAUGCCUCGAUGGUAGUUAAAGACGUCCCGGUCAUCACGACACUGGAGCACCGAACACACCUGAUUCACACAUCAGGUACGACAAGCGAGCCAAAGGCGGUUCAAAUUGCUGCUCGCUCAAUUUUACAGGUUGUUUAUCAUGCACCCUUUGAGCCCGUCGAUUCCACGGAUACCGUUGCCCAUGUUAAUAACACGAGUUUUGAUGUGUCAUUAUUUGACAUAUGGGUUCCUCUCUUGCGUGGAGCUCGGAUUGCUGUCUUGAGCAAGCUAGUCUUGCUAGAUCUUCCGGCAAUGGCGGCAACAAUCAAGGAGAAGGAUAUCACAAUCAUGGCCACGACAACCGCCCUCUUGAAUCUCGCGGCUUCGACAUAUCCGCGUGCAUUUUCGCAACUGAAGAUAUGUGUCAUCGGAGGAGAAGCCGCGAAUGUAGCUGCUAUUGAGACGGUGUUAAAACAAGGUCCGCCGCAAAAUCUGAUUAAUGCGUACGGGCCAACAGAAUGUUGCAUCUUUUGUCUCGUUCAUAAAGUGACGCCAGAGGAUGUACAAAUCGGCACUGUGAGCAUUGGUAAGCCAAUUGGCAGAACCGUUGCUCACAUUGUUGAUGCGAUUGGAACACCUGUUUUGGAUGGAGAAGAAGGGGAGCUGUGGAUUGGUGGACCUGGCGUAUCUCCUGGAUACGUUAAUCAGCCCGAAAAGAAUGAUUCUGCUUUCGUCUACUUGCCGCACGAGAAGAAAACCCAAAAGUUCUAUCGCACUGGAGACAGAGUCAAAAGGCGCCCCGAUGGGCAAAUCGAUUAUAUAGGACGACUGGAUCAUCAAGUCAAGGUACGCGGGUAUCGUAUUGAGCUCGAGGCUGUUGAAACCGCAAUGCUCCAGACUGGGCAGUUCUCCGAGGCUGUGGCAUUGAAGGUCGAAGCAGGUAGCGAUGCAGGAUCCAUUCUUGUUGCAUUUGCUGUGGCAGGUCCAGAUAAGCCUUUCGUAAUGGCCAGUGCCAUUGAUUCAUUGAAAACAAUGCUUCCUGACUAUAUGGUCCCACAAAUCGAGUUGAUACCGAAGAUGCCCCUCAACAGUCACGCGAAGAUUGACCGCAAAAGUCUGACCAGCAUGUACCGGGAGCGAUGGUCAGAUUCCAACACUAUUUUGAUCAAAAGAGUCAACACCGGAAGUACCCAGGAGCAACUGGCAAACCUCUGGGUAGAUGUCCUUGGGCUUUCAUCUCUGCCGGAAGAUCCCAAUGCCGACUUUUUCGAACUUGGGGCGACAUCCCUCCAAGCAUCGCUUCUCAUCAGCCACAUCCGAAAGGACCUAGGAGCAGAUGUUUCGCUUCUCACACUCUACGACAACUCCAACCUCACCGGUCUAGCAUCAACCAUUGACAGGUCGCGAAAUAGCAUUGCCGAAACUGUUCGUCACGAGCAGAAUACCUGGAUUCAAGACACCUAUAUCGCGGACGACCUCGCUCCUCCAUUAGGACCGGUCAUUGACUGGCGCCGAGAUACAGAGGGACGUGUUUUUUUCACAGGAGGCACUGGCUUUGUGGGCGCGUUUCUUCUGGCCGACCUCCUUCGCACUUGGGAAGUUCAUCAAGUGGGAUGCUUAGUACGUGCUGCGAAUCCCUCAAUAGGCCUCGAGCGUAUCAAGCAGGCGAUGGGAAAAUACGGCCAGUGGGAGGAGCGCUUUACCGAUAAGUUGCUGAUCCUCUGUGGAACGUUAGAAGAUGUUUACCUAGGUCUCGGGUAUGAGCGUUUCCAAGAAAUUGCCGGCUGGUCAAGCGUUGUUUUCCACCUCGGCGCCAGAGUCAACUACACUCAGCCAUACUCUCUUCACCGGCCUGCCAACGUCAUCGGCACGAGAAACAUUCUGCGAUUCGCAUGUGCCGGUGGUCGCACUAAGGCAAUUCACUAUGUCUCCAGUAUCUCCUGCUUUGGUCCAACUGGUUUCGUGACAGGGACCAAGUUGAUCACUGAGGAUGAGCCCCUUCUCAAGCAUGUUGAGGCACUUCCCUAUGACCACGGGUAUGCCCAAUCUCAAUGGGUCGCCGAAACAUUGUUAAGACGCGUGAUGGACCGCAAUUUUCCCAUUGCCAUAUACCGCCCUGGUUUUAUCACAGGACACAGUCAAACAGGAGCUUGCAACCCGGAUGACUUUUUCAGUCGCCUGAUUCACUCCUGUGCUGAGAUGGGCUCUUACCCUCUGCUCCCAAAUCAAAGGAAAGAAUUUGUCCCGGUUGACUAUGUCAACGCAGCAAUUCUGCGCAUCGCCUCGUCUACAGCAUCUUCUUCGCUGGGCCAUGCCUACCACAUUGUUCCACCGAAUCGCAAGUCGUCCAUCGACAUGAAUGAGACAAUGGAUCUCGUUGGAUCUGCAUCUGGAGCCACCAUUAGAGGGCUUCCUUAUCAAGAAUGGAUAAAACUUCUGGAUGACAAAUCUCCAUACAGACUGCAGCCCCUUCAACCCAUGCUCGCUGAAAAGGUGCAUGAAGGGCUGACUCGAUGGGAGCUAUAUGAAAACAUGCCUGCGUAUGACACCACAAACACAGAUCGUAUGUUGAAUAUUUCAGGCGGUCUUGAUUUCCCCGUCCUCGACCGAGGGCUUAUGGACAAGUAUCUGUCAUACCUAGCAGGAUUUUAG